UCGAAAGGAAGACGACAGCAUCUACCUUUGUUCUUCGAAAUGACGUUGAAUCCAGACAUGUCCUUGCAAACCAAACUUCUCCAGCUUGAGUGUCACUUCACCUGGAGCCUUAAGGAAUGCGAUGCUGAUCUUACUGAUCUGCAGAAUAGGCUUGAAGAUGAUUGUAUCUUCUAUGUCGGGGAGGAAACAGGUACCGGUCGUUUAUUGAGCUUCUUGGCAUUCACAAAGUACCGACAAAACUUGCCCGAGGAAGCACUGGAGGACUUGAAGAAGGCUGAAGAUCUUGUUCAGAAAGACAAUAAGAAAGACUGCGAGAAGCUGCUUGUUGUCACUUACGGAGACUUUGCCUGGUUGUACUACUACAUGGGUGACUACUCAACAUCCUGGAUCUACAUUGAGAAGCUGGAAGAGCUUAAGGAGCAAUUUCCUCCAUCUGUCCUUCAAGCAGUGGUCAAUGCGGAGAAAGGAUGGACCUUCCUCAAGUAUUCUCGGAAAUGCUAUGAGAAAGCUAAAGAAUGUUUCCGGAAGGCUCUCGAGGAGGAGCCGGAUGACAGUGAGUGGAACGCUGGCUAUGCUAUCGCGCUCUACCGCAUCGAAUGGGACGUCACAAGUGCUGAAGAGUCGCAAGCUGUGAAACAACUGAGGCGUGCACUGGAGUUGAACCCAGGAGAUGCUCUAAUCAUGGUCCUUUUGGGUCUGAGGCUUUGUGUCUUCAAGGAAAUGAGGGAGGCAGAAGAUCUGGUGGAAAAGGCUUUGGAGAUCUCGCCUGACAACCCCUAUGUGACCCGAUAUGUGGCAAAAUUUUACCGCCAGAGUGGAUCUCUGGAAAAGUCUGUGGCUCUCCUGAAGAAGGCUCUCAAACAAACGCCAAAUUCAGCUUUCCUGCAUCAUCAAAUCGCCACCAGCUACAAGAUGAAAAAAAUCCAUUUAUGUAAAAUGAGAAAUCAUGAUGCAAACAGAGCAGAAGUAGAAGAGCUGCUUAAUUUGAGCAUUUUUCACUUGGAACAGGCCAUCAGGCUCAAGCCAUCUUUCAUUUAUGCUCAGAUGGAUCUAGGGCUGCUUUAUGGAGAAAAGAAAAGCAUAGAAGAAGGAGAGCAGUUGCUUCAGGAAACACUGCAGCUUGCCAGAACUAAAAAUGAACAUCUGCAGGAGGUCCACAGAUGUUACGGAGACUUCCUCCUGUACCACAAAAAAUCGGAAUCCUUGGCCAUGAAGCAUUACAUGGAAGGGUCUAAGAUGCAGGAGGACACAAGAGAGGGGAAGAAAUGCAUUUUUAAACUAGAAAACUUAGCAAGGAGGCGCAUUUCCAGGAACCCCGGGGAUGGCGAAGCCUUUGGGAUUCUGGGAUACGUUCAUCAAACGAGGGACGAGAAACGUGAAGCUAUAGAGUGCUAUGAGAAGGCACUUUUACUUGAUCUGGAGAACGAAGAGUAUCUCAGUGCCCUCUGUGACCUUCGGCUUUCUCUGCGCUAAAAUCCAUAGCUCAGAUGUAUCACUUGUUUGCAGUAACAUACAAUUUUUAAUGAGCCACUGAAUUACAAAACCUUCACACUAAGACCCAAAACUUUGACUUUCUUCAUGCUGAGCACCUAGUGUACAGACUUACUCUUAAAAUUGUUCUAUUUUUGUUACUACUUGGUUCUUAGCGCAUACGUCUUGUAGUUCAUCACGUCGUAAACAAUUGUUAUGCAUCUUUUUAAACCCAUUAAUUUGUGUUAUUCAAAAUGUGAAAGUGUAAAAUAACUUUGUUGAAUUUUCAAAUAUAACAUAGAUCAGACUAAAGCUCUAUCACCCAUCUGAAGCACAUGCCACACCCUUUUCUCCUCAUAACCCAUCAACUGGCCUGCUAUUGGAGACAUCACAAGGAGCGGACAGUCUUCGAUUUGUAUUCCCUUCCUCACUGAGAAGAUGGGAACAAUCUCUGACUCGGGAGUGGAACACGA